AUGAGGAAGGCUGGUUGGGAGGAGCCUCCAGCAAUCAACCCUUCUUAUCAAAGCCCCGCAUGCAGUGCAAUGGCAUCAGGCACAUCCUAUCAUGACUACUGCGUCCAUGGUCUUCUGAUGCGGCGGACACGGAUUGCUUCUGGAAGGCGAAAUGAUGACAAGAGAGAUGCCAGGGUGACUAAGGUUCAAGCCCCAACGAGGGAUCCAAGGGGAUUCCAGGCUCGGCCGGAAGCCUGCAGGUCGCCAUCACCAAUUCAGAGUUCUGGGCCGACCUGGACAAGUAUCGUACGUAGUGCGCCAGCCAAGCGCAGACCUGGGCCCAUCGGAUCUGAUGAGGAUUUUACGGACAACCCGUAG